GAUUUAAAGAGAUUUAAUCGUGUUGACGAAGAUUAAAUAAUAAAUGGAAAAUGCCUCAGAUACCAAAAUACCGAAAAGUGAAAAGAGCACAGAAGAGUGUGCUUGUCAAAAGGAGACAUUUUUUAAGAAGUUACCCUGAAAUUAAAUCUUAUAAACCAUUAUGUAAAAAAUUACAAAGUAACAACAAUUCAUUAGCAAAGGCAUUGUCUACAGAAAAACAGGAGAGUCAAUUGUUAUUUUCCCAAAAUGUUGCUUUAAUUGCAGAGGUACAAGAUCUAGGUUUAGCUUGUAAUAAACGUGAUGCUGUAAUAUUAAAUAUCCUAAAGAAUGCUAAGGAAAUGCUUAAAAUGUUAGUAACAAUGACUGGUUUCUUAACAAACACAAUUUCAUCAUGUCAAGAAUUUGCAGAAUUUGGCAAAAAUCUACGGAUGUCUGGAAAUUCUGGAAAGGACUCGUAUAGAAGACUGUCAACAAAAUCUCCAACCAGAGGAGUGGUGAAGCCCAUGGUGAGCGGUCACACCAUUACAAAACCCACCAUUAAUUUAAGUAGAGUAAAUAUGCAACAUAUUAAUAAUUCAUCAAACUUAAGUAUAAUACCAGAGGUAAUAACACCCCCUAGAAAUCGGGAAUUAAACACUUCAAGGUCUCCUAAUAUGGUUACUAUGAGACAACAUAGAUAUGAAAAUGGGCGCACAUGUAGAAUGCCUGAAAGACUGACUGCUGCUUCACCUAGAAAUAGCGAUGAAAACGAACGGAGAUUGAGCGGUAGAAGUCGUAGACAUUCUGGAAAAACAUCAGGAAGGCUGUCAAAGUUAAAAUCAAGAGUGGUGAAAAGUAACGUCCCUCGAAAUAGUAUCGAAAAUUACGAACAUAUAGGAAGUCCAACAGUGAAACUUAACGAUGUAUCGAAAUUAUUGCAAAAUUCUCAAAGCAUUAACAUUCGAAUGUUAACAGAGAAUCAAAAUAAUCAAGAGACUGAUAACCUAGAAAAUAGUGAUGAUGUGAAUCAAGAAAAUCCUGAGGCAAAUGUCAUAUCAGAAAUAUCAUCUUCUGACAGUACCCCAGACAAAUCUAUCGAAGAUAAAAACAAACAAGUCAAUAAUAAGUUAGAUAGUACGAAUGGACAAGAAGACGCAAACGUUAAUCAAACUAAAAAUCGUACAUCAAAUUGGGAAGAUCCUUUGGAAGGACCAAGUUGGUUAUUCAAUAACUCUCAAAUCGUGCCUUCUUUCACAAAUAAAAACAAGAAAGCUGAUGAUGUAAGUGUUUCUGAUGACGAUACUAUGAGCAUGACAUUAAAAAUGUCAGAAUCGAGCGAUGAAAAAAGUAUGCCGCAAACAUUAUCACUGCCAAUAUCCAGAAAACGCGCAAAUCACGCGAACAAUUCUAAAAACGGUAAACAAACAAAUGACAAGAAUGGAUGUAAUAUGCUUCAGCAGAAUGAAAACAACGAUAAUUCUUGUAAUACAUCUACGGAUGUGAACGAAACUCAAUGUGAAGUCGAUGAUGAAUCUAGGGUGAAUUUGGCAAGUUUUAUUACACAACGACGAGGUUGUUUGGAGAGCGAGGAUGAUGAUGACUUCACCCUGAUGGUUGCGCGACGACCAUGUAACACGCAUUUUGACAUAAACGAUUUAAAGCUACCUGUCCUAGAACAGUCUACGCUGAAACCAGUGACUCCAGCUGAACCAGAGCCUGAAAUAACGACUACUCUCCGAAAGAUAUCGCAGAUCUGUGUAAUGCCUUCCGUUUCGAAUAACAGCCUGGAGGAGUCUGCGUUUAAUCGGUCUACGGUGAACUUGCCUCUGCUCGUGAACGAUUACGAGGAUAAAGACUUGUCGUUAAGAAAUAAGACAAAAUUCGAGCAGCGGAAGAAAAAAAAAAGGAAGGCAGCUAUAAGAGAAUCCAUUGAUUUUAUUGAGGGUACACCACCGCAUAGCAAGAAGAAUAAUCAGAAAAAGAAGAAAGAUAAGGUCGUGAAGGACCCAAGUGCCGUUAAGGUAGUAUUGGAGAAGCUAAAUGAAUGUGACGUUAAAUCUAGAACACCUUCCCCUAAUGAUAUAAUUUCUCUUGGUUCCAAUCAAUCUUUAAGCCCUGUAUCGCUGCGCGUAGACAACACGAGCGACUCUGAGAGUAAUACAAGUACAAAUAGCUUACAUACAUUAAAUCGUCCUAGACGAAAAAGAGCUGUAAUCAAUCUUCGAGAACCUAGUUUGAUAAAGAAAUUACGAAGGAAUCGUUAAUCAUGCGCACGACAUUCGUCGAUA